CUCCAAGUUGCCACACCGAUGGCCUGUGAAGCAAUCUUCCCACUAGAGGGCUGAGUGUCCCCGCCAGGGGAGGCCUAUAAAUGCUGGUCCCACAGUCCACUGUCAAACUUCUCUCUCUGACUCCUCAGCGUUGAGCACAAGAACACAGGGGACAAAAUGCCGUCACUGAUGGAAUGCAGCAUCAACAACGUCAUCAAAAUUUUCCACCAGUACUCCAGGCAAGAGGCGCACACUGACAGGCUGAACCAGAAUGAAUUCAAAGAGCUGGUGCAAAAAGAGCUACCCAACUUCCUCCAGAAAGAGGGAAAGGAGAAUAGGAAUGAGGCGGCCAUAAAAGAGAUCUUGGAGGACCUGGACACAAGUGGAGAUAAGCAGCUGAGCUUCGAGGAGUUCGCCAUGCUGGUGGCCAAGCUGACGGAAGCAGCCCACGAGGAGAUGCACAAGGAUGGCCACAGAGGGCAUGACCACCAGCAUGGGAAAGGCUUCGGGGAGAGCCGCGGCUCCUGCCAAAGCCAGGGUGGCCAAAGCCAGGGUGGCCACAGCCACUAAUCAGGAGGCCAGGCCACCCCGUCCCUGAACGAGGGCACCAGGGCUGUGCGCCACGCCGCCUCAGCAGCAGGGCUGGGGGCUAGGGGCUGGGGGCUGGGAUCAAAUAAAGUGUUCCUCCAAGCCAG